AUGUCACUGCGACUAUUGAUAUUUGUGGUGACAUUAGUACAUUUCAUACAGGCAGGCCCUCUUUUAAAGGUUGAACGAGAUGUUGCCGACGGGCUGAACUCCAACGCAGACAAGAUGGCCAAAAAAGCUGCAAACGCAAAAAAUGAUGUUGCCGGUAUGACUGAUAAGGUCGCACGUGGAGUUGAGGCAGUAGUGAAUGCAGAUGGAAAAGUGGAAAACUACGUGUACAAAACACCUAAGGAUACUGGAGAAGUAGUUGAAAAAUAUGGCAGCAAGGUAGCAGACGCGACAAAGGAUGCUACGAGAGGCAUUGGUGACGCCGCUUCAUCAGCGAGAGGUACAGCUGCUCAUGGAAUAAACAAAGUCGAGGGAACGAUCAGAGACGGCCUACAAACAGGAAAAGAUCGGGCUUCUCAAAAGUUUGGAAACGCUGGGAAAGCUGUCGAAGACAGUGCUCAUUCGGCAGACGGCGGCAUAGUUCAUGGGAUACAUACUGCAGGGAAAGAUGUAGAAGACGCAGCCGCCUCGGGAAGUGAGCACAUGAGUCACGAUUUGCAAAAAACAGGACAUGCGACCGAGGAUACUGCUCAUUCGGCGAGGAAUGGCGUAGUCCAUGGGAUACACACUGUAGGGAAGGAUUUUGAAGAAGCAGCCGCCUCGGGAAGCGAGGACAUAAGUCACGGUUUCAAAAAAGCAGGACAUGCGACCAAAGAUACUGCUCAUUCGGCAAAGGAUGGCAUAACUCGCGGGAUGCACAAAGCAGGAAAAGAUGGUGAAGGGGCAGUCGUCUCGGGAAGCGAGCACUUGAGUCAUGGUCUCAAAAAAACAGGACACGCGAUUAGUGAAGCUGGGUCAGGAAUCAAAGAGACUGCUGUAGGAGCCGUAGAGAUUGCAGUUAGUGCACGACCUCACGACCACGAUUCAAGUGCAAGUGCAGAAAUUGCACGACGACCUCACGAUCCUGAAACUUCUUACCCCAUAGCUGAAGGAGCAGGUACUGUAGUCGGUGGAGCUGUUGGUGUGGCUAAAGGAGCCGGAGCGGUCGUUGCUGAUGCUGCUGGAACGGUGAAAAAUGGUACAGUAGAGGCAGCGAAGACCGUUGGAGGCUGGAUUGGUGAUGCCGCAUCAACAGUAGGACAUGGUGUGGUGACAGCUGCCGAAGCCGUUGGUGGAGCUGUUGGCACUGCUGCUGGUGCUGUCAAGACCGGUGUGGUCACUGCUGGAGAGGCUGUUGCAAGUGUUGCUGGUGGCGCUUGGGGUGCGGUGACAGGCGGAGUCAGUGCUGCAGGAGAAGUGGCAAGUGAUGCUGCUGGUGCUGUUAAAGAUGGCGUCGUAGAUGCAGCCAGUAGUGCUGCCGAAACGGUGAAGGAUGGAGCUGUUUCAGCUGCUCAUGCUGCUGGAGCUGUGGCAGGCGCAGCAAAGCAAGGCGUUCAAGCAGCUGGAGAAGGAGUCGCAAAUGUUGCCGUAGGCGCCUAUAAUACGACAAAGCAUGGCGUUGAGGCAGUUGGGGUUGGUGUCGCAAAAACAGCAGCUGGUGCAUAUGGAGCUGCUAAAGAAGGUGCCGCUGCAGUUGGUGAAGUUGUCAGUGAUGCCGCCAGUGGAGCUGUUCACGGAGUAGCGAAAGCCGGAGAAACUGUGGCCGAAGGAGCCGGUGCCGCCGUCCAAACCGUCAAAGAAGGCGCUGUUGCUGCAAAAGACACUGCUGUCAAUGUUGCAAGUGGUGCAGUCGAAGGAGUUAAGCACGCAGGCGAAGCAGUUGGUGAAGUUGCGGCCGACGUGGGCUUAGCCGCUGCGGAAACCGCAGGGGAGGCUGCUGCCAGAUUCCAACAAUCGGCUAAAAGUGCGGCUAAAGCCGCUGAAGAGGGUGUGAAGGGAGCAGGUCACGCAGUUGCAGAGAAAGCUUCGGAUAUCGGUUCAUCAGCGGUCGAAGCGGGGAAACAAGCUGCAGACACGGUUGAGCACGGAGUGAAGAGUGCGGGACACGCUGUCGUGAAAGUUGGAUCCGGUGUGGUGGAAGGCGCCAAGUCCGCAGGAAAAGCAGUGGGCGAGACCGCAAGCGAUGCAGCAAAUGCCGUUGGAGAAACUGCAUCUGAGGCCGUUUCAGGCGCUCGAAAUGCCAUAGGGCAUACGUUGAAAAAGACCGGCGAAGCUAUCGAAGAAGAUGAAUAAACAGUUCUUUCUUCUCAGUCACAGAGUCAGUGACCUAUACACAUGUAUUUAUGUAUGUUCGCAAAGUCUCAUAUUAUUGAUCAUUGCUGAAUCGUGAAUAAUAUCCUCUAAGCAGUCCUAGCCAAGCCUGUAAAUAUUUAUAAGCAGCAAGUGGAGCAAUAUGAAC